AUGUGUUAUCAAACGAAGGCUGAUAUCCGAGCUGUUACAAGUGUUACAUAUGCUCCCUCAAGUGGACCCUCAUCCUCGAGCACGCCUCCCAUCCAGGGUUUUUUUUGGUGGCAUAAACCGUUGGAGCCAAGAUCACACGGUUCUUUUCCUUUCAUUUCUAAAAGAACCAUGGUUUUGGGAAUUCGCUAUUCUGACCCCUACGUCCAGGUCGUCCUGGUCGGUUUCAUUUGCUUCUGCUGUCCCGGUAUGUUCAACGCCGUCAACGGUAUGGGAGGUGCUGGUCAAGCUGAUCCCAAGACUGCCGAUAAUGCCGGUACUGCCCUUUCCGUCACCUUCACUCUCUGCUCUCUUAUCGGUGCUCCCGUCUACAACAUGUUCGGUGCUCGUGUCAUCAUCCCCGCUGCUCUUACCUAUGUCCUCUAUAUCGGUUCUUACCUCACCCCUAACUCUGGUUUCACUAUUGCCACUGGUGCUCUUCUCGGUAUUGGUGCUGGUUUCUUGUGGACCGCUCAAGCUGGUAUUAUGAUGUCUUACCCCACUGAAGCUGAGAAGGGUAAGUUCUUCGCUACCUUCUGGAUGAUCUUCAACUUGGGUGCCACUAUCGGUGCCGCCAUUGCCCUUGGUCGUGAAUGGUCUUCCGGUGGUGCUCAAGCUGUUUCCCAAAGCACCUACAUUGCCUUCAUGGUCAUCAUGGCUUUCGGUGCUUUCCUCGCCAUUGCUCUCCUUCCUCCCGGCAAGGUCAUCCGUGCCGAUGGUACCCCCGUGUCUCUCCACAAAUUCUCCAACUGGAAGCGUGAGGCUGUUGAAGUUCUCUUGUUGUUCAAGGACUGGAGAAUGUUGGUCUUGAUUCCUUUGUUCGCUGGUUCCAACUGGUUCUACACCUACCAACAGUUCUUUGUUUUUCGCACUCGUGCCUUCAACAACUUGUUCUACUGGAUGUUCCAAAUUUUCGGAGCUGGUCUCUUUGGUUUUUUCCUUGAUUGGAAGUUCCUUGGUGAACGUAAGCGUCGUGCUUUCAUUGGUAACACUGUCACCUUGGUUAUCAUGGCUGCUGUCUGGAUCGGAGCUAUCUUCGCCCAACAAAAGUUCACUCGUGAAUCCGUUGUUGCUCUUAAGGCCGACCCCACUCUUCAGAUGGAUGUCUUGUCUCCUGGAUAUGCCGGUCUCGUCAUUGAAUAUGCUCUUUUCGGUGCUGGUGAUGCCAUCUACCAAGGUUUCAUCUACUGGCUUUUGGGAACAAUGACCAACGAUACUGAACGUGCUGCCCGUUAUGGUGGUUUCUACAAGACCAUCCAGAACGCUGCUAACGCCAUUGCUGGUCAAGUUGAUGCUAUCCGUACUCCUUAUAUGACUGAGUUGGCUAUUGCUUUCGCCCUUAACGGUGCUGGUCUUUUGCUCGCUUACGUCGUCUGCUUUACCAUUCCCGAUGUCACUGAAGAAGUUGUCGACAACUUGCAAGGUGUUGAGGGUGAGACCAAGUUGGUCGGUGGUCACUAUGAAGGUGUCGAAAAUCUCGAGAGACCUGAAGCUUAUGAGAAGCAAUCUGUUGGUGAUGAGAAGGUCUAAAUUUCCUUCCACUAAACAUUCAACGCUGGACGGAUUUUUUUUUUACAAAACACAAAAUUUCUUUCAUCAAACACGCUUUCCUAUAGUACUCUCUCUAUCGUAUGCUACCACUUUAUUCCUGCUCUGCCUUAUAAUUAAAUAAUAGUCUUGUUAGCUAAAAGGAUGCUAUGCUUCUAUGGUAAACUUUUUUGUUACGAACUAAUUCAAUAAACCUU